AUGGAGUCUGGGGACAAGGUGGCAGAAGUCCCCUGGCCCACGAUCAGUUAUGGAGCAACAGACUAUGCUCUAAGUGACAGACGUCUUUACUCUCACUUUUUCCGAGUAGUUCAAAAUGACCAUGUCUAUUAUAAGAUUAUAUCCCGGAUUGUGAAACAAUUUGGCUGGACAUGGGUUGGACUCUUUAUAUCAGACGAUGACAGUGGAGAAACAGAGCAGCUGGCUUUGGUGAAUUAUUUGUCUAGUAAUGGUGUCUGUACUGCUUUUGCAAUAAAAAUUAACAUCAAUACACCCAAUCAACCAGAUGCAAUUAUAUCAGCUAAAGAAAUCAUUCAAAAAUCAUCUGCACAAAUUAUCAUAAUUUGUGGUCCAUUUAGUUAUGCAAUUAUUGCACUUUUAAAUAUGGCCGAAGAUGUACUCUAUGGAAAGACGUUAAUUCUCCCUCCUUCUUGGACUGAUAACACUUACCUAACAGAUAUUUAUGUUGAUGCUUUAAAUUGCACUCUGAUUUUAGAACUGUAUCCACUUACGUUUCCACUAUUUGCAAAUUUCACUGAAAAUAUUAAUCCCUCAAUCUAUCCAAAUGACAAAAUUCUUGAAGAUUUAUUUUUAUCAAACUGGCAUUGUUUGUCACCAAAUGCAUCAAAGAACACAUUCUAUGAAACUCUAUAUGGGAAACCUCUUACAAAUUGUACUGGAAAGGGAUAUGGUGUGCGCUCUAAGGAGUUUAUAUAUCGUGGAUUUUCUCCUCGAGUGUAUUUUGCUGUGGGUGUCAUGGCUUCUGCUUUAUAUGAAAUGGAAUCAGAUCUUAAAAAACAAUUGAAUACAACUGAUGUAAAAGAGUACAAUUUUAAACAGCUCCAUCACUACAUAAAACAUUUUGAAAACAUAUUCCCACUUAAUCGUACCUUAUUUUUUGAUGACGUUGGGGAAUUCCCAUUAUAUUAUUACAUUACAAAUGUGAUAAGAUUAGCCAGCAAGUUGACAUUUACACAAAGAGUGGGGCUUUUUACAGAGUGGGAAACUGAAGAUCAACAGCUUUUCAUCACCCCAAACUUAAUAACUUGGAGGAACAAGAAAAAUGAGGUUCCAAGGUCUCAAUGCUCAGAUAACUGUUUGCCAGGAUAUAGGAAAGUACAAAGGCCUGGAUCACAAACCUGCUGUUAUGACUGUGCCCUGUGUCCAGAGGGAGAGAUAUCCAGCACCAUUGACAGUGAAAACUGCAUGAAUUGUCCAUAUAAUGAAUGGCCCAAUGAGAAGAAGAAUCAAUGUAUUCCCAAACAGGAGGAUUUUUUAACAUAUAAUGAUGAUGUGGUUGCUGUUGUUUUCUCAGUUGCCUCCAUUUUGUUUUUCCUGAAAACAUUUUUUAUUUUGGUGGUUUUCAACUUGUUCAAAGACACAGCAAUUGUCAGAGCCAAUAACACAAAUCUCAGCUUUAUUCUCCUUGUCUGCCUCAUGCUGAGCUUCCUUUGUGUGUUUUUGUUCAUUGGUCGUCCUAUGAAUGUCACCUGCAAAAUGCGUCAAACAUCUUUUGCUGUAAUUUUUUCUAUAGCAAUUUCUUCUGUUUUGGGAAAAACCUUCAUGAUUUACUUUGCUUUCAAGGCAACUAAACCUGGGAGUACAUGGAGGAAAUGGGUCAGCGUGAAAAUGUCAAAUUCUGUAGUCAUGAUUUUCUCAUCAUUUCAAAUUAUACUGAAUGUUUUUUGGUUGGUUCUUUCUCCACCCUUUCAAGACAUUGACAUAGACUCUUAUAUUGGAAAGAUCAUCAUUCAGUGCAAUGAAGGCUCAGUUAUUGCCUUCUACUCAGUCCUGGGUUACAUGGGAUUCCUGGCAGCUAUUAGUUUUAUUAUGGCAUUUUUAGCCAGGACAUUACCGGACAGUUUUAAUGAAGCCAAGUACAUCACUUUCAGCAUGCUGGUAUUCUGCAGUGUUUGGAUUGCAAUGAUCCCAGCCUAUCUGAGCACCAAAGGGAAGAACAUGGUGGCGGUGGAGAUUUUUGCCAUAUUAACCUCAACUUCUGGACUUUUAGGGUGUAUAUUUUUUCCAAAAUGUUACAUAAUUCUAUUUCGACCAGAUAUUAAUACAAAAACAAAUUUGCUUGGGAGCAGAAAUAAAACAAUUUCCAUUUAA